UGUUACAAAUCUUCUCUUUGAUAAAAUUGAUACAUCGUUCAACUUAUUCACAGUCUUUUUGUUUAAGUCAGGCGUCUAUUUUCUAUAAUUUAUAAACGAUAAAAUCAAUCAUGGCGGAUGACGGUUAUAAUAACAUUACUUUUGUUAUGUCCGAACGAGAAACUGAGGAAACACCACAAUCUAAUGGCACCCCAGUUGUAAACCUGUCUACCGAAAAGUACGUUCCCGUGAGUAAAGGAAGACUGAUUAAGAAUUUGAUAGUCAUAUGUUUUGGAUUUUUGUUCUUGUUUACCACAUUUCAAGCUCUUGCAAAUCUUCAGAGUACUUUAAACAGUGAAGAGGGAGUUGGUGUAGCCUCACAGAGUGUUAUUUAUGGGGCUUUAAUCCUAUCGUCGAUGUUUCUCCCAUCUUUUCUUAUAAAAAAAUUUGGUUGUAAGCGAACAAUAGUGUUGGCGAUUUUGUGCUACGUUCCUUUUAUAACAGCAAAUUUUUAUCCUCAUUGGGGAACGCUUAUACCAGGAGGAUUUAUCUUGGGCCUUGGAGCUGCUCCUUUAUGGUCCGCAAAAUGUACGUAUUUGAACGAAAUAGGCAUCAAGUAUGCUGAGAUUGUCCAUACAGCUGAAGACACGAUAAUCGUUCGAUUUUUUGGCAUAUUUUUCAUGUUUUUUCAGUCUUCUCAAGUUUGGGGAAAUCUGAUAUCGUACUAUGUUCUUCGCCCGGAAAAUGAAACCAGUUUCCAAGUAAACAGUCAAGAUUUCAAUUCGUUGCUCUGCGGAUCAAACUUUUGUAACCAAAUUGAAAGUGAACUUUUUAAACAGCCAGAAGACUGGAAAGUGUACAUGUUAAUUGGAAUCUAUCUAGCCUCUGCUCUUUGUGGUGCUAUCUUAACUGGAUUAUUUCUUGAUCCCCUGGAACGAGAAAGCGUCUAUUUUGAAAAAAAAUUAACAGGUGUUCGACUUCUACUGGCAACACUAAAACACCUUAAAAAUCCUCGUCAGCUUCUUCUCAUCCCGCUUACAGUUUAUAGCGGUUUAGAGCAAGCAUUUUUUCUUAGUGAUUAUACGAAGGCUUACAUUGCAUGUUCUUGGGGUAUUCACAGAAUUGGUUUUGUCCUCAUCUGUUUCGGUGUUGUAAAUGCUGUUUUCUCUUUGCUCUCGGGGCCUUUAGUAAAAAUAUUCACCCGACUUCCGAUUUUCAUCACGGGCACUUUGGCUAACUUAGGUGUUACCAUCACUCUUCUCUACUGGCAACCUAAUCCUGAUCAAACCGUCGUUUUGUUAGUGUUAGCUGGUGUUUGGGGCUUGGGUGAUGCAAUCUGGCAGACUCAAAUUAAUGCUUUAUACGGAGUUUUGUUCAAGAGUGAUGAAGAGGCAACGUUUUCCAACUACAGACUUUGGGAAUCGAUCGGCUUCAGUAUGGCAUUUGCUUACAGUACCUACUUGUGUAUUGACAUAAAGAUCUAUAUCCUUCUAGGCUUUCUAGCAACAGGUAUGCUAGGAUACCUGAUCAUCGACAUUCGUAUGAUGUGCUACUACAAAGGAACCUUUUCUAUAGACCGUUAGAUAUUUUGUCGCUACUGUAAGAGAAAGUGUAUCGUGUGCUUGCACUCCUGAUCACGAGUUAACUUAAAUUUUAAACGAUGUUUGAUUAUUUCUGAGACUACAGUGUAAAAUUUACAUAUAAAUUAUCAGUAACAACACUCUAUCUCAUUACAUACUUUUUAGAUAUAACAUUUAACCUUUGGUUUUAUGCCGUUCAGCAACGUUGGAGCUCUGAUUAUUAUAUUAAAAUAUAUAAUUUUAAGGCAUUUUACAAUUUCAUGACUCAAAGUUUACUAGAGGCAGUUGCCAUUUCUUAGUAUUUUUGGUAAAAUGUUGAUCUUCUUACACAGACCCACUGAACCAUAACUAGGAAUGGUCAGCAAAUGCGUCACAAAAUAACAAUGUAAUGUUACCAAAUAAACAGGAUGCUCUGAAGCGUAAAGUUAUACUAUAUUUACUACAGAACUUCAUUGUUGCACUGACUGUAUUACCGUUGGUUUCUCUUCGUAGUGAUCCAAGGAUUAAAUUAUGGUAUUAUAUACAUAAUCUAAGUAAAAUACGGCCAAAUAGUCUGUAAGAUUCGUUCACUGUUUCUCUUCAAAACCUUAAUUCAAAACAAUGGAAUGUAUAUGUAUAUUCUUGUACAUUGAUUAAAUUAAUUUUUAUACUAAUUUCUACGUCACACCGUAGAAUAAAUUCAAUACUUUUUAAGACAUUCAUUCCAUAUUUCUACGCUCAAAUAUUAUAAUCAUUGGGUUGUAUAAAGCUUAAUAUUUAGGGAUUCAACAAUCAUCCUCUUAACCAAUUCGUUUGAACCACAUGUUUGUUAAUAAGAUUUGUUUUUCUCGUUAAAAUUCUCCAAUAAAGUGUAACUGAAGUUUGCCCUA